CGCAGUGUUUCACGUCAUGCUCCCUCUAACUACAUUUUUCCAUUUCACGGAAUUGCCGGCACCACUCAAUGAAAUACAAUUAUUGAUUGCACUCUCUCCUAGCGCUCCCCUGUCCCUCCUACUUCACUCUCUCUCUCUCGCUCUCUCUCUCGCUCUCUCGCUCUCUCUCUCGCUCUCUCUCUCUUUUCUUUCCUGAAGUACUGCAGAGAGAGAACAGCAACUACCUCAGUUCUACAGCGGGAUACCAGCACAUUUAGAUUCAUAAGACACAAGCAACUCGCCUGGUGCAAUGGCUAACAACCAGCGCAAUCCACUUUUCCUCUCUCCUUAAACAACGCUUGACCAAUGAACACCACAGCCAGUGAGGGUAACUUCCUGUGGUGACUGCAGACUUCAGGGUUUUCCCUGUUGCAUCUCCAGACCCACCACUCUGCUCUGCUCCCAAACCUCUCUGCCGGAUUCCAUCCAUCCCCCUCCGCCCCCUUCCUACCCCCCUGUACUCCCACCCCUGAACCUCCAUCAGAGCUAAAAUGGACGACAGCUACGAAAACAGGACUUCCUUAGUGAAGGGGGCCAAGGACAUCGCCAAGGAGGCCAAGCGGCACGCUGUGAAAAACGUCAACAAGGUCGUGGACAGCGCCACAGACGAGUACUCCCAGCGCAAAUACAGCCGUUUCGAGGACGAGGUGGACGAGGGGGAUGACUUUUACCGUAACCCUCCCAGGCAGGACGGAGGCUACAAUGACAACGACCAGGCCAGUGACGCCAGCGACGCCACAGAGGGCCAUGAUGAUGAAGAUGAGAUCUACGAAGGGGAGUACCAGGGAAUCCCAGCGGCCGAAGACAGGCGGGCCAGGGAGGGGCAGGUGGCUCUGGGGCAGCCCGUCACAGACAGCCUGAAAGACCGUAAGGAGCUGGAGCAGGAGAGGCAGGCGGACCAGGAGGAACUGGCCCAGCAGUAUGAGCUGAUCAUCCAGGAGUGUGGCCACGGCAGGUUCCAGUGGCAGCUGUUCCUGGUGCUGGGCCUGGCCCUCAUGUCGGACGGGGUGGAGGUGUUCGUGGUGGGGUUCGUUCUGCCCAGCGCCGAGACGGACAUGUGUGCUCUGGGUGGCUCCAACUCCAGAUCUGGAUGGCUAGGCAGUAUUGUGUACCUGGGAAUGAUGGUGGGGGCGUUCUUCUGGGGGGGCAUGUCGGACAAGGUGGGCCGCAGACAGUGUCUGCUCAUCUGCAUGUGUGUGAACGGCUUCUUCGCCUUCCUGUCCUCCUUCGUUCAGGGUUACGGCAUCUUCCUGCUCUGCCGCGUGAUCGCAGGCUUCGGAACAGGGGGAGUUGUACCCAUAGUCUUCUCCUUAUUUGCGGAGGUGCUGUCCAGAGAGAAGAGAGGGGAGCACCUGAGCUGGCUCUGCAUGUUCUGGAUGAUUGGAGAGAUCUAUGCUUCAGCCAUGGCCUGGGCCAUUAUACCACACUACGGCUGGAGUUUCAGUAUGGGUUCUGCCUACCAGUUCCACAGUUGGAGGGUGUUUGUGGUCGUCUGCGCCCUGCCCUGCGUCUGUGCUGUCGUGGCUCUCACCUUCAUGCCCGAGAGCCCCAGGUUUUACUUGGAGGUGGGGAAGCACGACGAGGCUUGGAUGAUCCUCAAACAGAUCCAUGACACCAACAUGCGAGCGCGUGGGCAGCCGGAGAAAGUCUUCACCGUGAACAGAAUCAAGAUCCCCAAGCAUCUGGAUGAGUUGGUGGAGAUGAAAUCAGAGUCGGGGAACCCAGUCUCCAAGGCCCUCUUCAGGUCCAAGACAGAGCUAUGUGGGAUAUGGGUUAACUUUAUGAAGUGUUUCGACUACCCUCUGAAAGAAAGCACUAUCAAGCUAGCUAUUGUGUGGUUUACGCUGUCAUUUGGGUACUACGGCCUGUCUGUGUGGUUCCCUGACGUCAUCAAGCACCUCCAGGCAGAUGACUACGCCUCCAAGGUGAAGAUCCACAGCAACGAACGCAUCGAGGACUUCACCUUCAAUUUCACCCUGGAGAACCAGAUCCACACCAAUGGGGUCUUCAUCAAUGACAGAUUUGUUAAUAUGAAGUUGAAGUCCAUCACCUUCAUUGACUCAACUUUCCGUAACUGCUACUUUGACGACGUGACGUCGGUGGGAUCCUACUUCCGGAACUGUACCUUCUUCGAGGUGUUCUUCUACAACACUGACAUCGAUGACUCCAAACUGAUAGACGGCACAGAGGUGAUCAACAGUACGUUCCACCACAACAAGACGGGCUGUCAGAUGACGUUUGACGACGACUACAGCGCCUACUGGGUCUACUUCAUAAAUUUCCUGGGAACUCUGGCUGUUCUGCCUGGCAACAUCGUCUCGGCACUGCUCAUGGAUAAAAUCGGACGCCUUUCCAUGUUAGGUGGCUCCAUGGUUCUGUCAGGGAUCAGUUGUUUCUUCCUGUGGUUCGGCACCAGUGAGUCGAUGAUGAUCUUCAUGCUGUGCCUUUACAACGGCCUGAGCAUAUCAGCCUGGAACUCACUGGACGUGGUCACCACAGAGUCCUUCCCUACAGACAGGAGAGGGACGGGUUUUGGUUUCUGUAAUGCUUUGUGUAAGCUGGCUGCAGUGUUGGGGAACAUGAUCUUUGGUUCUCUGGUUGGCAUCACCAAGGGCAUCCCCAUCCUCCUGGCCUCAUCUGUGCUGCUGUGUGGAGGCCUGGUGGGGCUCCGGCUGCCUGAUACCAGGGCCAACGUCCUCAUGUAGCCCCAGGAAGGACCACCUGGCCUGGGGAAGACCUGGGCCAAACCUGGUGCAAAGGGUUUGCUUUAAACAUGUCCUAUGGAUGUUUGAGAUUUUAUUACUUUAUUGCCGCUUGUGGUCUCAUAGGGGGUUCAAUUGCAUAACCCCCCACCCCAUAUCGCUAUGAAACAGUAUAUCUACUUUCAAGUUAUCAAUUUAUUGAUGUACAAGACACGACCCAAGCUCCAGACCCUCUGCAUAAUUCCCUGGUGACAAAGGGAAACUCCUAUUUAUUAGUGAAUGUAAUAUUUGGGGAUGUCACGACGCCCCUUCCAGGAUGGUAUGAUGUCACUCUCAAUAUUUUCAUGGUAUUUCAUCAUGAUAUAAUCAUAAUAGUUAGUGGUAGAUAUUUUAGUGAAGCUUGUGGUGAGCAUUGUUCAGGGGAAUGUAUGGUUAGUUGUUUAGCUUUAUGACUUAUUGAUGCCUGUGGAUUAUGUCCUUCCAUCCACUUAUAGUACUGGCUGUGAAAGGAACUAAGUGGGUCCUGUAGUUGGUUGAAGUAGAGUCUAGAUUAGUGGUUUAUAUGUGAGAAGAUAUCAGUGUCAAUGGCUGUCUGCUAUGAGUUGGCUGGUGAAAUCAGUUCUGAGUUAGUGCUAUGUGAGUUAUGUAGAUGUCAGUAGCACCUGUUGCGUUGUACUGUAUGAGUACACGCUUCCAGGCAUGUUUGUCUGGAGUCAUUGCAGGGGCAGGGUUAGUGCUGUAAAUAUGAAUGUGUUCUUAUUAGGCCAGGACAGAUGGAGGAGAGAGGGGAAAACAAGCUGUUCUGAGCACAGCCACCCUGCAGUGGAAGAGAAGGGGGAAUAUAUGAUCAGAAAGACUAGAGACCACACAGCUGCAACACAGCUGGCCUAGACAGACAGACAGACAGACAGACAGGUCAUCCAGACAGACAGAACCAGAGAGAGAACAAGGGUAUUUCUGGGCCAUCGAGUGUAGAUGGAUCUUUGUCAGGCUUGACGUGUUCUCACAUAAUGUUUCACUUGUAUGCACAUACCCUGAACUGUCAACCAUGGAGAGUCAUGGUGAUGGACAUGUCGUAACCCACAGUAGCUGGUUUGAAGCUUCUCCCAGAUAACAUCUGAAACUAUAAUAACGUGCUUGUUGUCAGUUGUGGAUAUUUGUUUAUUAGUUUUCACUGACAGAUGCAUAAAGAUGUGUUUUUAUUACAGUGUUCUGCCCCACACUACCACAGUCAUAUAUAAACACUCAAUGUCAAAGCCCUUUGCACCAGCUCUCUACCCAAGAAUAAAAAGGCCAUAUUGAAUAACUUUAAUUGUUGUUAUUUGAAGUGUACAUACUAAAUGUAUCUAUGUUAAUAUGUAUGUUAUUUGGGGGUAUGUAUCUGCAGCUGUUCUAAAGAAUUUGUUGGGGAAAAUGUAAGAAUCCUAUUUUGGUUUAUAUGUAUCAACUCUUGUUCUCCACUUCUCCUAUUUGUUGUAUUGUAAGGUAUUGUAUGCAGGCUCUCAGAUAGGGCUUUGUUUAUGUUCAGCCUUUGAUUUGGCGUUUCUCUUCGGCACUGACUUUAUAAUGACAUGUCAGGCUGCUUCCUUUUCAAGAUACUGAAUGGCCUUUUUUAAAAUGUGCCUCUUCUUCACCGGAGCGUUCUCCUCAUAGACAACAUAACAGGAGACUGAAGGGUACAGGAGGUAAACAGGAAGUGAACAGGAACUCUCUGUGUGUUUGUGUGUGUGUGUGCGAUGUCCCUUCUCACUUCAGUCAACAUUUUCAAGUACUCUACAUUUACAUUUUAGUCAUUUAGCAGACGCUUUUAUCCAGAGCGACUUACAGUUAGUGAGUGCAUACAUU